AAUCAUGCGACGCUAACCCGAGCUGGAGAAGGCGUGGUGUGGAGACGGAAAAAGCGGAUCACAUUGGAGGAGUCACACUUAACGCUUUCAAGCUAACUGAACUGACUCGACGAGCGAGCUAAGGUACGAUCUUUCUUUUUUCUUUUUUUUUGUUGCUGCUGGUGACUCUUUCCUUUAGUCCGGUAAGAAAUUGAGUCAUCUCAAUUCCCCGAUUCUUGCUCUAUAUAUUCCUCCUGUACGCCAUUGCUUCACCGCAUACACCACCGUUGAAUUAUCUCAUCAUGACUUGCGGUCUGAAGCUAGCCGCCGCUCGUUACGGCAACCAUAGCUUGCGCCAGAGGAUCCCACUCAACGCGGUGCGCCGAUACUCUUCUCAGACUACUACUUCUACGGCUCCCCCCACCUCGCCGUUUGCUCCUCGCCAUUUCCUUUCCAUCGCUGAUCUUACCUCAACGGAGUUCGCAACCCUCGUCCGCAAUGCAUCUUCACACAAAAGAACCAUCAAGUCCGGGUCCAUCCCUCAGAAUCUGCUUGGCUCUAUGACUGGGCAAACAGUCGCCAUGCUGUUCAGCAAACGCAGUACCAGGACCAGGAUAUCUACUGAAGGGGCUGUGGUGCGCUUGGGAGGACAUCCAAUGUUUCUAGGCAAGGAUGAUAUCCAACUCGGGGUCAAUGAGUCCUUAUAUGACUCUGCAGUUGUAAUCUCCUCCAUGGUCUCUUGCAUUGUAGCCCGAGUCGGCAAGCACGCUGAAGUUGCAGACCUUGCCAAGCACUCAACGGUGCCUGUGAUCAACGCUCUCUGUGACUCCUUCCACCCCCUCCAGGCCAUUGCCGAUUUCCAGACCAUCUACGAAACAUUUACUCCUAAGGCCCAUCGCUCGGAUAGUUUGGGUCUCGAGGGCCUCAAGAUUGCCUGGGUCGGCGAUGCAAACAACGUUCUGUUCGACAUGGCGAUCGCUGCUACCAAGCUGGGUAUUGAUAUCGCCGUUGCGACCCCGAAGGGCUAUGAGAUUCCUGCUCCGAUGAUGGAGUUCAUCAAGCAGGCCAGCAAUGGUGUCUCGAAGCCAGGAAAGAUUAUUGAAACCAACGUUCCUGAGGAGGCGGUUAAGGGUGCAGAUAUCCUGGUAACUGACACUUGGGUUUCCAUGGGACAGGAGGCUGAGUCGAUCAAGCGAAUUAAGGACUUCGAGGGCUUCCAAAUCACUGCGGAACUUGCCAAGCGUGGUGGUGCGAACGAAGGCUGGAAGUUCAUGCAUUGCCUGCCUCGUCACCCUGAGGAAGUCAGUGAUGAAGUUUUCUACAGCCCGCGAUCCCUGGUCUUCCAUGAAGCGGAGAAUCGGCUGUGGGCUGCGAUUUCAGCCAUGGAGGGCUUUGUUGUCAAUAAGGGAAAGAUUGAGUGAGCCUUGAAAAAGAAAUAAAUCUUGAAAAACAUAGUCUGAAUAUCCAUCUCGAGUGAAUUAAUGGACGGGUCUGACUUCCCAUACCAACGUUUGUAUAGAACACCAGAAAUAUGUAUGGAGUAAAACACAUCUAUAUGCGGAGUACCCGAGAACAAUGUCUGGUAGAAUCCGUAGUUCGAGCACUGACGUAGUGAUAUCAACAGGACUCUACCAUCUGAUCAAGGAAAAUGCCACCAAUCUACCCAACAGAAAGAAAACA